UGAAGGAGCACAGGUGAGGCCUUCAGAGCUUAUGGAAGAGGGGUACUAGGCUGGGCCAGCCUCAGCCAUGUCUCAGAGGCACCCCCGGGAUCCCCACUGAGUGGGCUCGCUUCGGAUAGCCAGGACCCCACCUUCGGGCCCCCUUGGUGUCCAGUAGGUGGCCCCUUGGCAUCUCCAUAGGACCCCAAGAUGGAGAUUCCUGCUGGGGCCCAGCACGCCUUCCCCAAGAGCCUCCUGCUCUCAGCCUCCAUCCUGGCCCUCUGGGUCCCCCAAGGCUCCUGGGCAGCCCUCCACAUCCAGAAGAUUCCGGAGCAGCCUCAGAUGAACCAGGACCUUCUCCUGUCUGUCCAGGGCAUCCCAGACACCUUCCAGGACUUCAGCUGGUACCUGGGGGAGGAGGCCCAUGGAGGCACAAUGCUAUUCACCUACAUCCCCAAGCUACUACGACCCCAGAGGGAUGGCAGUGCCAUGAAUCAGCGAGACAUCGUUGGCUUCUCCAACGGCUCCAUGCUGCUGCGUCGCGCCCAGCCCAGCGACAGCGGCACCUAUCAGGUAGCUGUCACCAUCAACCCUUCCUGGACCAUGCGGGCCAAGACUGAGGUCCAGGUGGUCGAAAAGCCUAAGGAGCUGCCCGUUACCAACCUGCCUGUGAGUGCUGGGAUUGUGGCUGCUAUCGUCAUUGGAUCUCUUGCCACUGGGUGUAUCUUCGUCGGCAGCAUUGCCUAUCUCCUGGUGACAAGAGGCUGGAGGGCUCAGAACCACAGGAUAACAACGGCAGAGAAACCAGAGCUGGGCCCCAGUCAUCAUGCCGGUGACGACAUCUAUGAAGUGAUGCCAUCGCCAGUCCUCCUGGUGUCCCCUCUCGGUGACAUGGGGCCCAUGAACACCGCCUCGCCGCCAGACCUGCCUCUGCCCCCGCCUCCACCGCCCGCACUGCCGAAGCCUGAGCCUGAGCCUGAGCCUGGGCCUGAGCACCACCCCUACCAGGAUCUGCUGAACCCCGACCCUGCCCCGUACUGCCAGCUGGUGCCCGCGCCCUGAAGGGGUCCCAGGAGACGUCAGCCAGGGAGAGGAGACACCUCAGACUUCCCCGGGGGCCUUGAACCCGCAGAAAAGCCUCCGCAGAGAUGCAGCACGACCGGGACCCCGGGGCUGUAAGGUCAACAAGAUGGACGCAGCCAGUGGCUUAGGCAGCAUCCAGCAGGAUGGUGACAGGCCUAGCUCCUCACUCCCCAGCUGAACGAACAACUCGCCCUGAGGUCUGGCCCUCCAGCAACCUGGCCUGGGCCCAUGUCUGGGAAAAGCAGGCUCUUGCUACCCCCACUCCACUCCAAAGCCCCCCAGAAGGUAGUCUCAGGCCUACUUCCAGCCAGACCGCACAAGCACCUUCUUGGCCAGGCUCCCUCAUCUCAACCCACAGCGUCCCACCCAGCUCUGCUGACCUCCCUGGAAGCCCCUUUCCCUGGUCUUCCCAUCACACGUGCUCCAGAGCAGAAGGCACAUGACUGCAAGUUCUGGCCUCACGAACCUGUGGCCCCAGAGGACAUUUCAGGCCAGUUUCCACGGCCACCUUCCCCGUCCAGUCAGAUCCAGCCCCUCUUAAAAUUCGAUCUCUCAGAACCUGUAGCCAGCUUCUGCCCUUUUCCCCCCCAUACCCCCAGUUCGGGGCAGCCGCUUUCUCCUCUGCCCCCACUCAACCCUGUCCUCAAUGUGGGUUCCAUCUCUCGCUCUAAUUUAUUCAUUCAUUCAGCAGUAAAUAAACUGUGUGCCCUGCACUGUUCAAAACAAACA